AUGCUUCUCGACGAAGAUCCCACCACUCUCAUCCGCCACACCAUCGAGAACUUCAACAUCCAGCCCGACAAGCAAGCCGUCGCACGCGUCAACGAGUCCCUCUCAACGCUACAGCAAGCGCGAGACUUGCGGGUACGAGAAGCCGAGAGCGCUUUGAAAAAACUCGCCCGCACCCUGCACACUCUCUCGGCGCACCACAGCGAGAACCUCUCCACGCACUCCCCGACCCUCCACGCCUCGGAGGUCGCCACGCUCGACACGCAGAAGUUCCGCAUCGCAAAGUCCGCUUCGGACCUCGAGGUCGAGUCGGAGCGUCUCUCGUCGCAGCUCGCGGACCUGCAGGCGCGCCUGCAGGAGCUGGAGCUGCAGGGCGUGGGUGGAGGCGAGAGGCGGGCGCUCGUGGACGACGAGGUCAGCCUCAAGCUGAAGGUCUAUCGCGGCUUGGGCAUUGAGCUGGAGAGGGAUGCCGAGGGCGAGUACUGCAAGGCGAUCAUUCGGAAUAUGGGGAAGGGGGAUGUGAAUAUCGUGAACGUGGACAAUAAGUUCUCGCGCUUCUUUUAUGCGAACUACUUUUGGCAGCAGUUGUAG